CCCCAACUCACAAAACUUAUGAACAUAACCUCCGUUUUUCAAUUUUUGGUGGUUGUACGUAGCCGUGGCAAAGCGACCAUAGUCUAGCCCUGCUAGCCCCAUAACCAUGACGUCACGUUACAGUAGCCGUACCACGUAGCACCAUUUCUCGAUCCUGCUCAAACUUGCUCAAACAUCCGCGAAUAGGUCCAAAAUGCAGCAAUCCAUUUCGCCAAACGUACGUCAACUGUCUGCAAUCGCUAAAAUUCCUAUAUGAAAGGAAUUGAGAGACUGGUAUCUAAUCAUUCUCCACUCCGUCACGUACCCAUUAGAGCACACACUUAGCCUGUUGUGAAACAUUGAGGAAUUUGGUGCCGUUGCCGUUGAUGAUAUUUAUAUCGCCUCUCAGCCCCCACGGAUAUAUCUGCUGGCAACCACAGCACAGCUGGUACCCUUCUCCCCCCUAAAGCAGUGAGUGAUGUGUGGCGAUAGCCAUCUCCCACCAGCGCCUUCUGUUGGAAAUGCGGUCGCCGUGAUCCAUCUGCGGCCAGAAGCGACAGACACGACUUCGACGCAGCGUAUGACUCCGACCACGUCCAGCUGGAGGUGUCAGCUGUCAAAUUGUCAUGCCACUGAAAAUGAAGGCAACACAAGGCUUCUAUAUGACGCCAAGCCAAAUUGGUGGUGCGGAGAUAUGAAGUUGCGGAUUCAUACAUACGGAACCCCUUCGAACGCCACAGAACAGCAUAAUCCUAUCUUUCACCAGAUGCUCAUCCGAUCAUGUGAGGCCAACUCGAGCUCUGUCGGCCGCAAGCUGGAGCUUGAUACUACCAACAAUGGCGUCAUCGGCCGUACGAUGUCAGUCGAGGUGUUAGGUCAGGUCAUUGGGGAAGGAAUUAUAGGACGAUUUUGAUGAAAAGUGGUAUCGCUUGAUAUAAGGCCGCUAUGACCAAGUAGUAUGUAUGAUGCCGUGCACACCGGCGGACGUUGAGGUUGUGUACCACAAUCAUAUCAGAAUGUAUGAUCAGAGAUGGCAGAGAUGGCAGAGAUGGCAGAGAUGGCAGAGAUGAUGGCAGAG